GGGCCAAGCAACUUGUACAUGUGUACAUACCCGCUCUCACUGAAUAACGAGGUCAGUGCAUAAUACUGCAUUCAAGCGUAGAUCGCGAAUUGCAUUCAAGCUCAGGUCGAGUUGACUAUCUUACUAUAAUGUUCCUCAUGACAAAAGUACCACCCCCACUGAUCAAUAGGAGCACCGAACGUGAUAUCCCUUCGUCAUAGUUACUCCCACUGCACGAAGGUACCUGUGUGUUUCAUUCAGACAUUGUCACUCGUGGGAAAAGACUGUAAGACAUGUACAUGUAGACGUUUAAGAUAUACAGUAUAAAUGGAAUCAACAUGCGUGACGUGAGGAUACUAAGCGCCAGCGUAUAUGAAUGUAUGCCGUGUGUUGGGUCAAAGUGUGGCUGGCUGAUACUGAGCUGAAAUGGAAUUGCCAACUAAACAGCAUGAGGGAGUCUCAUCCUGGGCCAAAAGGCCAGCCGGCAUGAAUGAUUCACCCGUUGGCGUAGACCCCAUUGAGUCCGAUACAGCGGAAGUGGAACCAUGGUACAAGAAACAUGACGCCUGGAUUCAAGAACACGUCAAACAGAGAAAAUGUUUCAUGUUUUCAAAGUUAUCUGACAACGUCUGUUUAUGCGGCCACUAUAAAGACGACCACACAGACAAGAAUGACAGUCCGAAAUGGAAGAAGGAAGUCAACACAAAAACAACACCCACGGAAAACUACGGAACGAUCUAUGUUAAAACGGACACGGAUCAAGAGUUCAUGGAAGGUGAAGAAGAUACUGAUAACGACGUCAGUGAGAAACAUGAAGUGCAGUUUAUACGCAUUGAUGAAGACGUUUCAAUGGACUAUGUAAAAUACCUGCUGUUCGAAAUAUGGCACCUCACUCGACCAAAAUGGAUUUUUGCCUUGCUCGGUUCCAAACCCGAAGAUACUAAUUUCAACAUGGAGUAUGAACUUGAAAGUGCCUUGGAAACGUUACUAGGAACAUCAGAUAUAUGGAUAAUAUCUGAUGGCCUGCAUAAUGGUGUCGCCGAAUUCAUCUCUGACCUGAAGGAAAACGAGCGUGUUACCUCUAUUGGAUGUAGUGCUUGGGGGAAUUUUGAAGACGUCCUCGGGGCGAUGCAGGUGGAUGAGAAAGGUCACAGACACGUUGGUUAUUUGCUCAGAGAUGACCUUGAUGACACGAACUCAACAAGCCUGCGACAGUUUGGGAUGACCACAAGCCAUUUCUUACUGACCGAUAAUGGAACACGUGAAUCCUACCUGUGUGAUCUCUCUAACCUAUCAUUUCAAGCACGACUGAUUGCUGAUCUCGCAGCAGGGGGCAUUGAAGGUUCCAGUGCGAUUCCCACAGUGACAAUACUUCAUGGUGGUCAGCUUAUUCAUCUUGAAGGAGUGAGAAAUCUCAUCAAAGACAAUGUUCCAAUUGUCAUUGCCAAGAACACAGGUGGAAUGGCUGAUGUGUUAUCUUCUGCCUAUGAAGAAUCCAAAGCUGUGUCCCACAACAAAAUUGAAAGAAUCAAGAAUGAAGGUCAAGGAACGGUGAUUGAUGAAAGAAUAAAGAAGAAAAUAAAAACGGAUCUUGGUCGAACAUUCAAAUCAGAAUCAACUGACGAACAAGUUCAAGAUAUCAUUCAGUGUCUUCAAAGACGGGACCUCAUCACUGUCGUUGACCUCAACAAAGAUAUGGAUUUCCUUAGAGGAAUACUAUCUGCAGUUGUCAAAAGUAAAUCGGAUACGGAUUUGAUUUCCCUUGUGGACGAGUACCUCCCAUCCCCUGUCUUCAGUCGGAAUACUGACGAAAAAUUCGCAAAAUAUGCGGAAGCAAAGAAGAGAUCGUCAGAUAAUUCGGAUGCUGCAGACUCAGAUGACCUUAUUCAGAAGAUACUCGGGGAAGCAUUAGUUCAUGAAAAGACAGAAUGCGUUGAGUUCAUUUUGGACUAUGGCCUUGUAGAUCUGGAGGACAUCUGCCUUGUCGACCAAUAUAUCGAGACCCGUGGAGAUCUUCAAAAGAUUGUCGGGAAAACAUUUAAGGAAACAAAGAGGGAGCUAGAACAGAAACUCUUCCUUGAUUACAUCCUUAAGGAUUUUGAGAGAAAGAGAAUCUUCAAUAGGCUAUAUGGACUACUGGAAAGACUUCGAGAGAUUUUGGAAGAAUCUAAAAAGAAGAGUGGCAUCGAAAUACUGAAGUGCCCCGAGGACAAGAUGAAGAAAAUACUUGUGUCAACUGUCAAGGAGAGCAAGAACAAGGAUGACAUUCGGAAAAAAGUGACAACGAUUCUAAUACAAUGCCAGGAAUCAGAUCAGAUCGACUUGCUCAAGGUGGACCUAAGGCUUCUGGAUUUAAUGUAUACACAGACAGAAGCCACCAAAGAGUUUGAAACCGGAGCUUCCGAGAAGAUCCAUUCAAAGACUGCGGGAAAUGAUGAAGAUGGUGCAGAUGGUACGGAAAAAAAAGAGUUCUCUAGCUUUUCCAGAGCGUCUGACACUCGGAAAGAGAUCCUCGCAACAUUUUCUGAGAAGAUCAUACAAAGAUUUGUUCCACGUAGUUGUCUUUUGAGUGCAGGCGACGAGGCACAUGAACAAGAAACUGAUGAGACCCUGAAGAUGCAAAAUGUUUAUCGCCAGUGGUUCUUAUGGGCAGUUCUAACCAACAGAAAUGACCUAGCUCGGGUCUUCUGGAAACGUGGGAAGGAUAUCGUAGUGUCCGCACUAGUAGGGGGAACCAUCUUAUCUUCAGUUGCACAGAAGACUUUCAACAACAGAAAGAAAGCAAUUCGAGAAGAGAGCGCCAACUUGUUCAAGGCACACACGAUUGGAUUAAUGGAUUCGUGUUACAGAGAUGACAAAGAUAAAACUGUGAAGUUAUUAGCCAGAAACAAAGAGCAAAACAUCUGGAAUGUAGACUUCCUGGCCCUUGCCUUCGAGAAACAAAACCUCAGUAUCUUCAGGAGCGAAGGAAUGACAUACUACACGUUCUCAAAGUGGAUGGGAGAUAUUCCAAAGAAAACCUCGAAUUGGAGAAUUGUUGUUUGUACAAUCUUGCCAUUCUUGAUGUGGAUCCUCAUUGGAAAAAAGACGGACAAAACUUCAAAACUGAACCAACACGGGAAAGGAAUAGAGGACGAGGCUUCAAAGAAACAGUCAUGCUGUGGCAACUGCAAAGCAGUCUUCACACGGUUUGGCAACUUUUAUUCAACGCCAAUUGUGAAGUACAUUUUAAGUCUGGUCAUCUUCUGUGUUUUUCUCGCAAUGUAUGGUCAUUUGCUGCUUGUGGUCUUGACGUUUGAUUACACGUGGAACUGGGAGAUCCCACUGUUAGUGUGGAUGGUGGCGUUUACACUCGAGGAGCUCAUACAGAUCCUACAAUUUGCAGUGGAGAGAAGAGAGAUUACAAGAACAAAGAAACGUCAAAAGAGUAAAACGUGCCUUGAAAGGUUAUACUCGGGCCUGCAUUUGGUACGAAAAUAUACAGGGAUAUAUUUCCAGGACAUGUGGAACAUACUCGACAGCAUGUGCAUUGUAGGAUUCAUCAUUGGAUAUACUCUGCGGUGGUUUGAAGACACAUACAGUUAUGGGCGUGUGUUCCUCAGUAUCAACUUCAUGUGCUUCUUCUGGAGACUACUUCAAGCAUGUACACCCAGCAAAACCAUAGGACCAAUGAUUUACAUGGUUUUCAGGAUGGUAGCAGAUUUAGUUCCAUUCCUUGUCAUCAUAUUUGUGGCUAUUGGUUCCUAUGCUGUUGCCACUGAAGCCAUACUCUACCCAAAUGCAUCCUGGUCGAUUUCCUUUGUUCUGGCUAUACCGAAAAAGGCAUUUUGGCAGAUAUUUGGAGAGUUCUUCUUUGAAGAAAUCGGAGGUGAUGCAUGCAUCGCUCCCAACUGCCCAACAGAGAUAGGAAAGACCUUGGUUCCAUAUUUCCUGGCUAUUUACAUUCUCAUGACCAACGUCCUAUUGUUGAAUAUUCUUAUUGCUUUAUUCAACAACAUUUAUGAAGAUGUUCGCCAGAAAGCUGAUGAAAUAUGGUCCUGGCAAAAAUGUCGACUUAUGGUGGAAUAUGAGAGCAAACCGCCCUUUCCCUUGCCCUUUACCAUCUUGUGGAGGAUUGGGAAUCUUUUCAAACUGUGUGGAUCCUGCAAGAGAGCUCAGAGCAAGAAGGGACGUCCUGGGGACGAUCGUUCUGCACCUGAAGAACCAACGAACACAAUGGUUCUUCCUGACGUUCCAGAUAUCGAUACUGGAGACGAUGUUGCCGUCAAUGCGGAGCAAGAUGCUACUUCUAACGGAUCGGAAGCAGAAACUGAUGCCCCUUCUACAGAACCUGUUGCGGAAGAACCUGAUGCUGAAGAACCUGUUGCGGAAGAACCUGAUGCGGAAGAACCUGUUGCGGGAGAACCUGUUGCUGGAGAACCUGUUGCUGGAGAGGCAAGUCAUGAGGAUGUUAACAGCUUGGUCUUCGAUGAAGCAGAUGAUGAAAACGAGGACACAUGGGGUCUUGAUUACGACGACCUUGACCUUGACCUGUCUAUAUCAACGUUUGAUUUCGAUGAAUCCGAUCUGAACUUCACAUCAAGUGAUGACGACUUCUGCCUCGAUGAAAGUGACCAAGAAGAUCCAUUGGAUGAAUUUGAAAGAACAAAUGCUGAUUUCUACAUUCAAACAGAAAACAUUAGACGUUAAUGCUCAAUGUACAAACUUAACCAAACCACCUCCGUGAGACUGCCGACAUGUUAUUUGAAACCGUGAUUACCCUAUCUACGUUACUAAGGCUUAGAAUAGAUAGUUGUGAAGCACACAAUUUAGAUUACAGUGAAACAUUGUUGGUAGAUCCGGGGUAGAAUAGGUCUUCAGCAACCCAUGCUUGCCGUAAAAGGCGACUAUGCUUGUCGUAAGAGGCGACUAACGGGAUCGGAUGGUCAGGCUCGCUGACUUGGUUGAUGCAU